AUCGGUAGAUGGCGCACACGACCAAAAUGGCAUCGCCCACUGUAGGAAAACAUUUACGAAAGAUACCGGUCAGCAGUGCAAUGAUUAGUGUAAACAGUUUGCUUGCUUUUUCUUUUUUAUUAUUUCAUCAUUGCUAUGGUUUUGCAGUUAAUAAUGGAACUGCGGUUACAUCCAAGAUUUUGGCUGAAGAUCAUGCGAAAAAGAUUAUACAACAUAUACUUCAUGGAAAUGGGAAACAUCAAACAUAUAACAGGCUUGCACACUUUGUAGACAAGUUUGGAUAUAGGAUUACUGGAUCUGAUAACCUUGAAAAUUCUAUUGAUUACAUGCUUCAUCAUUUACAGAGUGAAGGUUUGGAUAACGUGCAUGGGGAAUCCGUCUGGGUGAGGCCAUGGGUACGUGGUGAGGAAUCGGCUCACAUGCUGGAGCCACGGCUUCAAAAGCUAAGUUUGCUUGGCUUGGGGAGCAGCAUUAGAACACCACCAGAAGGUAUCACUGCAGAAGUUAUUGUCGUGAAAUCAUUCGAAGAACUUCGUAACCGAUCAGAAGAGGCUAAAGGCAAGAUAGUGGUUUAUAAUGAAGAGUGGGUAACGUACGGUACCAGCGUUCAGUACAGGACACGCGGUGCGACUGAAGCUGCAAAAGUUGCUGCCGUUGCAUCUUUAGUGCGUUCUGUGACACCCUUCUCCAUCUACAGUCCGCAUACCGGACACCAGAGCUAUGAUGCGAAUGUGAAGAAGAUUCCAACUGCUUGCAUAACUGUUGAAGAUGUUGCUAUGCUUCAAAGAAUGGCUGAAAGAGGGGAGAAAAUCGUGAUCAACUUGAAAAUGAGUGCAAAGUACAAGCGACCAAGGAGGUCCAGAAAUGUUGUUGCAGAGAUAGUAGGACACAAGUUCCCCGAAGAGGUGGUCUUAGUGAGUGGUCAUCUAGACAGCUGGGAUGUAGGACAAGGGGCCAUGGAUGAUGGUGGGGGUGCUUUCAUUUCCUGGGAGGUUCUCACUGUAUUGAAAAAGCUCAAACUCAGACCAAAAAGGACAAUUCGGCUGGUAUUGUGGACAGGUGAGGCAACAAAGUAGCAACAGCGAUCAUGAAAAGAAUCGUCAGACCUCUGAAGCCACUGAAUGUUUCCAUGAUUACGGGAGAUUUUGAUGGUCCAGAUAUCGAUGUUUGGGCCGAUGCGGGAGUGCCUGCUGUGGCCCUUAGGACGACUGAUCCCGAAAAGUAUUUCUGGUUUCACCACUCCAAUGGUGAUACAAUGUCGGUCCUCAACCCGAUGCUGUCGAUUUGUGUGCUGCUGUUUGGUCAGUCGUAGCCUAUAGUGUAGCAAACCUGGAGCAUAUGCUGCCUCGAUAGUGUACAGAUGGUCAUUGGUCACCUACAUGGUUGUGUAUUCGUUGUGGAAAACGUAGAAAAUCCUGGAACUGAAUUUGGUUUGCUUAUCGUUGUUAUUGACACAAAUAAUGCAGCUUUCAUUAGCUGAGUAAAAUACGGCUGAUAGGGUCUAUGUCCCCCAGGGUACUGCCGGAACGUACCCUGUACCCUGGUAACUAUCUAAUAUGCCGGACCGUACCUCGCCUACUCCAAACCGUACCCUGACUUUCAGCCGAUGUCGUAAUAAAUAUACCGCUUGUUGGCAGGAAACGCGCCGCUUUAUGCUCCCGUUCCUUUUUUCCGGUCCGUUCUCGCAAAAUAUUUGUUUCAGUAUUCGUGUAAUUAUUCUACAAGUGUCAGCGAGACUAUACGUUUCCAACCCAUUAAGAUAAUCAUACAAAUUUUCCUGUUCCACAACACUUGGAGAUCUUCUUGGAGCCAUCUUUCAAAAUCUCGCGCUAAAAUGUCGUAAACAUUGCGAAAGGAAAACGCAUUCCCGAUCGUC